GCAGCCUUGUCUUCAGAUAUAUGAAAUACAAAAGUGCAUAAUGAUUCGCAGCAUAACUUUAGUGGUAUUUCUUUUAGCAUAUAAAAGUUUUUGUUAUCAAACUGAUUAUUAUUGGAAAGAUUACACGGGAAUAAUACCAGAUGAUGCUUUUAUAGCAGGCCACGAUUACAAUGGUGAAAAUAUUUAUGUAGGUCUUGUAUAUUUAGGUGCAGAAGGAAUAAUACCAGCUACGAUUACACCUGGUGAAAAAAACACUUAUGCCGCAGCCGGAAGCGACUCAGUGAAAUCACAAAAUUAUAUACAGAUUUUAUGUAACCAGCAUCCAGGAAGUCUCAAAUGGAUACCAGUAAAUAAAACCGAUUUCCAUUUUAUAACCAUGCACAAACAGUUGGUCAGAGGUGGGAUCCAAAAUUCGAAUUGGCUGCAUAUUGGAAGAAUCAAUCACCAGGGGUCUUUAAUAGUUGGAAAAAUUAUGUCAGGACGGGCACCAAUAAAUGAUGCCUUCAUGAGUUAUGUUUAUAAUGAAGACGUGAAAAAAGCUAACUCAUUUGAGACUUUAACAUUUGUAAACUUGGAGGAUAAUGAGCUUAUUGAACCUAAGUAGUAAAAGGAUAUGAUUUAGGUAGUAUUGUUCAAACUUCAUUUAUUAUUUCAAAAAAAAAAAACAACAAAAAAAAAACAUUCCUAAACAAAAUCACAAUAAAUAAUUAUUAAACUAAAUCACAAAGCCCUUAGUUAGUUCUUUUUGUCUGCUUUGUCAGUUUUUUGAUCAUCUUUUUUCAAUGCUUCUUUACUAACUUCAGCUGCAUCCAAUUUUGGAUGUGUAUGUUCGAAAUAGCAUUUAUGAAUCAAAUAAACAGUUUCACAGGCGUCUUUCCCUUUCACCUGACAUUUGUCGACGAUUUCUAGGGCCUUUUUCUUAUCAGCUUGAGCGGGCAGUUUAGCUUCAAUAACGUCUUUUUGAACUUCCCCUUUAUCGUUAACAAAACCAGCUUUUUGAUAGAAACAUUUGGUGAAACAUCUUAGAGCUGCGUCAUCAGUGAAUUCACCGUAGUCGGCUUUCUCAAUUAGUUCUGGGUCGACUUUGGUUUCUUUUAUGCAUUGUUGACGAUUUUCAAUUAUUUUUUUUCUUUAAUUGAACGGUAAUUACCUGACAUGAAAUGGCGGAAACCACUGCGAAAGCGAUCGAAAAUUUCAACAGGUUGUUCAUUUCACAGUUUUACUUGUUGUACGUGUGAUUAAUUUCGAUCUACAAUUAAGCCGAUUCUUUAAAAACUGCAUUGUUUAUAUACGGUUACUAGUAAACGGCGUGGAGGUCGGGUAUUUUGCCGUAUCUCCUCGUCCGAACCAGUUUAUCUAUUAUGUUCUCAACCACAAAGAACUAAUUUAAUACACCUUAGCUAAUAAUUAGUUUUUUUCCGGUUAGAUAAUGGAUAACACCCGAAAAUGGUCAUAAUGGUUGCGUC